GGAGAGGUUUAACAGACAAUGAGCUCCGAGAGAAAGAUAGAUGGCGCGAAGGAGAGGGAAAAACAGUUGCAAGAACUGAGGUAAUAGCCAGUUCAUUUUCCGAAUCAGUCGACGGAAAAAACUUGAGACACAGGAGCGACGAAGUCCGUUGAUCUAACUCUUCCGAAGAUGACGCUGAAAAGCUCCAAUUUUCCCAUCAAUUUCGAGCCGAAGAGGGAUGCCUAUGGAUUUACUGUGAGACCUCAGCACCUUCAAAGAUACAGAGAAUAUGCUGAUAUUUAUAAGGAAGAAGAAGUAGAAAGAUUAGAAAAAUGGAAGAGUUUUCUUGAACAGCACAGAGAGUCUGCUGAAUUGCAAUUGCCUGUGGAAAAAAUCAGGGCAUCGCAUGCUGCAGUUACAGAGCAGAAAACAGAGUCUGUUUCAGUGAGUGGAGAAGGGGAUGAUUCAAGUGGACCGAAGACUGGUUCCGACUGUCUUAAAGAAAUUGAUUUUGGAAUCGAGGCGCCAGUGUCAGUACAACCAACAACCAGUAGGGUGCAGACAUGGACUCAAAUUAGACCAUCCCUUAAUGUAAUUGAGAAUUUGAUGAGUUUUCGUGUCAAGAAGAGAAAUAACAUGAAGGAUGAACAAGUGACCCUGAAUCAGAAUCAUCUUCCUUCAAUUGAAGAGGUUAGACCAUCAAGAGGAGAAUCUCAAGAAGAGGUUGAGGAAGAAUUCUAUGAUAACGAGAUAGUAGAUGAUAGUGUCAAUACCUCUUCAGAGGGAAGUGUCACAUAUGAUGAAGUCUCUCCAGAGCCUGUCUUUCCUCGGAAAGAAGAACUGGAGUUCCUUGUUCGUGGGGGAGUGCCAAAGGAUCUCAGGGGAGAGGUGUGGCAAGCCUUUGUCGGUGUAAUGACACGUCGGGUAGAGGGAUAUUACCAAGGUUUGCUGGCUCCAGAAAGUGAUGCUGGGGAUAGGCAGGAGCAUGAUGAGUCACUAUCAGACAAUGAUAGUAAGGACCUCAACAAACACAAAUUUGAUGUCCCUCAAAAGUGGAGAAAGCAGAUUGAGAAGGAUUUGCCUCGAACGUUUCCAGGUCAUCCUGCUCUGAAUGAGGAUGGGAGAAAUUCCUUGAGGCGAAUACUUUUAGCAUACGGUCGACAUAACCCCUCUGUUGGGUAUUGCCAGGCAAUGAAUUUUUUUGCUGGCCUGUUAUUGCUGAUGAUGCCUGAGGAAAAUGCCUUUUGGACUUUGGUAGGUCUCAUUGAUGACUACUUUGAUGGCUACUUCUCACAGGAAAUGAUAGAAUCCCAGGUGGAUCAGCUUGUUUUUGAGGACUUGACACGGGAAAGAUUUCCUAAACUGGUCAAUCAUCUGGAUUACUUAGGAGUGCAGGUGGCAUGGAUUUCUGGACCUUGGUUUCUUUCCAUCUUCGUGAACAUGCUUCCAUGGGAAAGUGUUCUUCGAGUUUGGGAUGUGCUUCUAUUUGAAGGAAAUCGUGUGAUGCUAUUUCGAACUGCACUUGCUCUCUUGGAGUUAUAUGGUCCUGCUGUAGUUACAACUAAGGAUGCUGGGGAUGCUAUCACUUUGUUACAAUCUCUUUCUGGUUCAACAUUUGAUAGCAGCCAGCUUGUUUUGACUGCUUGCAUGGGUUUCUUGAAUGUAACUGAGGACAGAUUGCAAGAGCUGAGAGAAAAGCAUAGGCAGGCAGUGAUAGAAGCAGUUGAGGAACGAUCAAAAGGUUGUCGAAUUUCAAAAGAUUCCAAAGGUCUUGCAUCUAAGCUAUAUAGCUUCAAGCACGAUCCUGGAUCACUGGUGAAAGAAACAAAUACAGAACAAGGAUCAGAUGAUAAGCUAGUAGACAAAUAUUUAACCCAUUUGGAGUCUCAAUCUACUAAUCUCGACGAAUUACUUGGUGGUCUAACCAUUGGUUCAGAAGUAGAUUCUCUUCCAGAUCUACAAGAACAGGUGGUUUGGUUGAAGGUUGAGUUGUGCAAAUUGCUGGAAGAGAAGAGAUCAGCUACACUUAGAUUGAGCAGUUGGAGCAAGAGGUAUCUGAGCUACGGCAAGCCCUUGCUGAUAAAAAAGAACAGGAAAAUGCGAUGCUUCAGGUUCUGAUGCGGGUUGAGCAAGAACAAAAGGUCACUGAAGAUGCUCGGAUUUUUGC